AUGACUGAUGGGGGCUGUUCUUGCAGUGGGAAAUCCCGGUGUGACUGUCAUGGAAUUAAAGGCGAUGCGGGUGCGUCUGGGUUUCCUGGGCUGGAUGGUGUACAAGGAGUUCAAGGGCAUCGAGGAAAAGAAGGCCCUCCUGGAAUCCCUGGUCCAAAAGGAAAUAUGGGAAUUCCAGGCCCACCCGGAAUUAAAGGUUCUAGGGGAAGUCCAGGGGAAGCAGGAUACUUUGGCUCACCAGGCCUUCCUGGGCUCCAUGGGAAAGAGGGGCCUAGGGGGACUCCGGGUCUCCCAGGAUGCAAUGGCACAAAGGGUGAGCCUGGUUCCCCAGGCAUUGCUGGAUUGAAGGGAUAUCCUGGCCAACAGGGAAAACCUGGCAUCCAAGGACCUAAGGGAGAUACUUUAUACUUCUCUCCGUCUGAGCAAGUGAAGGGACUUUGUGGGUUUCCAGGGAAAGAAGGAGUGAAGGGAAAGCCUGGGUCACUGGGGUUACUUGGACCAGUUGGACCAGGAGGCCCUAUAGGUACACCAGGAAUACGGGGGACUCCAGGGUUGCAGGGAGAGAAGGGUAUCGAGGGUCGAAGCAUAGGAAUACCUGGGCCCAGAGGUCAGAAGGGGGACAGGGGUCUGUCUGGCAUACCAGGAGACAAAGGUGUCAAGUUAUUUGCAUCAGGUCCAAAGGAGCCUAAGGGUGACCUGGGUGAUCCUGGAGACCCUGGCUGCAUUGGACUAUGUGGUCCUCCUGGCCCUCCUGGUCCCGAGGGGGAGAAAGGGGAAACAGGGGAUCCCGGCGGCCUGGGUAAAAAUGGUUUGGAUGGACUAGAGGGCGAGGUCGGCCAACCGGGUGUGCGUGGAGAUCCCGGAUAUCAAGGAGAUAUUGGGAUAGCUGGGGAAACGGGUCUGAAGGGUGACACUGGUCCCCCUGGUCUCCCUGGAGAGUUCAUUGAAGUAAAUGGGAAUGUUAAAGGUCCAAAAGGUUUUCUCGGGCCACCAGGACGUUGUGGCCUCAGAGGAAGUGAAGGUUUCCUUGGCUUUCCAGGAAAUCCAGGACCACCAGGGACUGCUAAACCUGGACCUCAAGGACAUCCAGGUCCUCCAGGGUUAAGGGGUGUAAAGGGGGAACAAGGAGAACCAGCACCUUACGUCAGUGGACCUAAAGGAUAUGAUGGACCACCAGGAGAACGGGGACCCCUCGGUGACCGUGGAUCUCCAGGAACACCAAAUGUUUUUGCCCAUGUGGGACAAGGAGGGCUUCAGGGUGAGAAAGGCCUAAAAGGCCCUGAGGGUUUCCAUGGAGAUCCUGGAAAACCAGGUAAGAGAGGAGAUCUGUGCAUGUCGUGUGUCAUCAUUGAUGCUGACCCUGGACAUCCGGGACCACGUGGAGAUGCUGGUCAACCUGGAGACCCUGGCGUUGUUGGGAAUCAAGGUAUCAAAGGAUCUCAAGGCGAUCGAGGCCCAGAGGGUCAAUCUGGCCCUCAGGGUUCAUUAGGUCCUCAAGGCUUACCAGGGCCCCCAGGAUCCAAAGGAGACAUGGGGUCAGUAAUUGAGACUGGGGAGAAUGGCCAGAAAGGUAACUCUGGUGCUGCGGGACCAUCUGGGAUACAUGGAAGAGAUGGCACGCCUGGAAACCCUGGCUAUAAAGGCCCACCAGGAGCAAAAGGAAACCUGGGGCCUCCAGGACCUAAAGGAAACCGUGGAGACCCAGGACUUGAUGGAGGACCUGGUAUCGCAGGUCCAACAGGCAACCAGGGACCUGUGGCUGUGGGCCAACCAGGCCCAUCUGGAGAAAAAGGAAGCUUGGGAGUCGUGGGCCAACCGGGAAAUCCAGGAGAACGAGGUGAGAAAGGAUCUCCAGGAUUAUUACAGUCGAUGCCCGGAGACCCGGGAAUGCCUGGACGCCGUGGUACACCUGGUCUACCAGGAUCUCCAGGUAAUACAGGUGACAACGGAUUUCAAGGAUUCCCCGGACUAGCUGGGCUAAAAGGAGUGAAAGGGCUGUCAAUACUGGGAGCUUGUGGACCUACUGGUCCUAAAGGUGAUAAGGGUGUGAAGGGGAGUUCAGGUCCACCUGGUUUAGGAUACAUAGGCCGCCCUGGCCCACCAGGAUCCCCAGGGCUGCCAGGAACAAAGGGUGACACAACAUUCGGCAGUCCAGGGCCCAUGGGUCGGCAGGGGCUGCCAGGAGAAGAAGGGACCCUUGGGGAUUCAGGAGACUGUGGCAGUCCAGGACCACGUGGAUGUCCAGGUCAAAAUGGAAGGGAUGAGCCACCAGGAGAACAUGGUGCGCAGGGGUUUGAUGGCUUGCCUGGAGUGGAAGGGCUUCCAGGAUGCUGUACUGCAGGGGACAUAGGUGAUGAAGGCCCCUUAGGACUGAAAGGAGAAGAUGGACACACAGGGCUGAAGGGUCCUAAGGGGCCACAGGGUGAAACUGGACAACCUGGGCAAGGUUUACCUGGUCCAACAGGUGAGGUUGGGAUACCUGGGAGAAAUGGAGAGACAGGCUUGAUUGGUAACCAGGGACAGAAAGGUUUCAAAGGUCGAGAUGGCUUACCAGGUGUCCCAGGUCAACGGGGACAUCAGGGGAGUCCUGGAAGCACUGGCCCAUGCGGAUCAGAUGGAAAUCCUGGACCUCCUGGACCCCCUGGAUCUAAAGGUUUAAUUGGAAGCAAUGGAGUGCCAGGUAAUAUAGGACAAUGUGGAACACCAGGAGACCGUGGUGCCGUUGGUCCCAAAGGAGAGCCGACAAGCAUGGUGUCUUCAGGGGAUCCUGGUGACUCCGGCUUACCAGGUAUUCUUGGUCUCCCUGGUUCUAAAGGCGACCAGGGAAUCACAGGCAACUAUGGAGCAUGUGGAAAGAAUGGACUUCAGGGUGAUCCUGGUCCACCAGGUCCUCCUGGUGACCCUGGCAUAAGGGGGCUUCCUGGAAAUCCGGGUAUUGAUGGCAGCUGUGGGAAUCCAGGGAUUACAGGGUUUCCGGGCUUGAAAGGUAGCAAAGGUUCACCUGGUGGUCAUGGGGAGGCUGGGACUCCUGGUUGGCCAGGAUCUGAUGGACCAAAGGGGAUCAAAGGUGAACCCAGCCAGCCUGGUCUCGGGCUUCCAGGAGUACCUGGUGAACAGGGUGAGCCAGGUUGUCCAGGGAAUAAAGGUGGAAAGGGUGACAAGGGUAUAUUUGGGAAUACUGGUCUCCAAGGUUUACCGGGGCGUCCUGGGGAAAAAGGCAAAACUGGAGUUCCAGGAGAUCCAGGACCUCCAGGACCUCCUGGUGAUAAUGGUUUAGAUGGUCUUCCAGGUGCACCUGGAUAUCGAGGGCCGUCUGGUGCACCAGGUAUUCCUGGUCCGUGUGGGGAUCCUGGAGCUCCGGGACCCCGUGGAGAUCAAGGAAGGGAUGGUAUUCCUGGGCCAGUUGGAACAAAAGGAGAUAGAGGCCCCACUGUCAAUGCGAAUCCUGGUCCACCUGGUUACAUGGGUGAGAAAGGUAAUAAAGGCGAACCCGGACCUCAAGGAUUAUGUGGGCCACCAGGACCCUGUGGGCCAGUUGGAGAUCUUGGUCCCCCUGGUCUGCCUGGAGAUCCGGGGCCACGUGGAUGUAAAGGUUUAGCUGGAAUCUGCAUUCCUGGGCCAAAAGGGGAUCGAGGACCAAUGGGACCACCUGGUCGACAAGGUUUCAAGGGAACAGGUGGGCCUCCCGGUCCUCCUGGUCCAGGAAUGAAGGGAGAUAAAGGCGUCUUUGGGCCACUGGGCCAUGGAGGGCUGCCUGGGUGCAUUGGUGAGCGGGGGUUUCCAGGAACACCAGGUAGAGAUGGAGAUCCUGGCUACAGGGGUGUGAAAGGAGAAAUGGGGCCUUUGGGUUGCAUGGGGCCAAAUGGUCAACAAGGAAAUUGUGGCCCACCUGGCCCUCCUGGGUCAAAAGGUUUUAAAGGAUCUCCUGGAUCUAAAGGUCCUAAAGGUUAUGAUGUGGUGCCUGAGGUCAUCCGAAUUCCAGGAGACCCUGGUUUACCUGGCCUAGUCGGUGAGAAAGGACCACAAGGAAUAUCUGGACCUCAAGGAUUACAUGGUCCUCCAGGAACACAAGGGAGUAGGGGAGACACAGGCCUAGUUGGUUUACCUGGAUGGCCUGGAAACCCUGGCCCGAGAGGAGACUUUGGUCCACCAGGACAGGAAGGUGCUCCUGGGUUGUCUGGCGAAGUGGGUCGCAAGGGUGCAGUUGGUCCCCAGGGACCAUUGGCAAACGGCACAAGUGAUGGGUUUCUUUUUACCAAGCAUAGUCAGAAAAUAAAUGUGCCACCCUGCCCCAAUGGAUCGAGACGUCUGUAUGAUGGAUAUUCUCUUCUCUUCAUCCACGGCAAUAACCGUGGACAUGGGCAAGAUUUAGGAACGCUGGGAAGCUGUAUGCAGAGGUUUUCCACCAUGCCUUUCGUGGUGUGUAAUCCUGACAACACCUGCCGCUAUGCCUCUCGAAAUGAUUAUUCCUAUUGGCUGUCUACAGACAAACCGAUAUCCAGGGACAAACCGUUUAUCUCUGGUGACAUACUGGAAGAGUACAUCAGCAGAUGUGCAGUAUGUGAAGCACCAGCUAAUGUAAUAGCAGUUCACAGCCAGACAACAAAAAUCCCGCAAUGCCCUGCAGGAUGGCUGUCUCUGUGGAAAGGUUACUCCUUUGUAAUGCAAACAGGCGCAGGUGCAGAAGGUUCCGGGCAGUCACUGGUCUCUCCAGGUUCGUGUUUGGAAGAGUUUCGGAGGAUUCCCUUUAUCGAGUGUCAUGGCCGUGGCACCUGUAACUUCUACCCGGAUUCUUACAGCUACUGGCUGGCGUCGCUUGACCCCGACAAAAUGUUCAGUGUACCGGUCCGUCGGACAACACCACAACCAACCAUAAUCAGCCGCUGUCGGGUCUGUAUGAAGCUGCAACCUUAAAGUCAGAGGUCAUGACCUUUAGAAGCAAACGAAUAUUUUAUGUCUCUGGUCGAUGGCAUAAACCAUUAACUAGGACAGUAUUUUCAUGACGUGUGUAAGGUCAUUAGGGUUUUGUAAAGCAGAAUUACUUUAUAAUAAAGACAGAAUAGAUUUAGACGACCAGUUCAGUGUUGACAGAGAGAGAAAUUCGUGCAUUUCUUCAGUGGCUCCUCCUCUGUUGUCUCUCAAGCACUUAAAGAUGUGGUGUUUAUUCAAGUUUGCCGUGGUUCAUUUAAGCGUAGCCAGUUUUGCCAUUGAGACUACAUACUAAACUAUUUUGAAAUAGCUUUCAUACUCUGCGGUGUGAAUGGUCUUCCAUUUGGUUAUAAAUAACCUCAGUGUAAUUUGUGUAUACUGUAGGAAUAGCCGUAGAUUGCAGAAUCUACGUCUACAGAAACAUCCCGAUGUAGAUCAUGAAUAAUGAAUUCAGCAUUCAAACAUUGACUAGUCAAUAGUUUAGCACUUUGAUUUUGGGUUGCUCAUAUUGAGUAAACACUGUAUAUUUCAUUCAAUAGUUUCAAAUUCAUUUAGAAAAUCUACAGGGAAAUAGUUGACCAAUCCGCUAAAAACAUUUAGGUAAUAUUCUUCAUCGAUUGUGAAAAACUAACAUGUGUAAAGCUAUCUGUUACUCAUUAAUGUCUUCUUGAUUAACAAUCUAUAAAUAUAGAUAUUCCAUAGUGUUACUAAUUUUAAAAACAAACCGUAACAAAUUACUUGUCAUAUUUCCAAUUGAAACCCCUAAUAAUCCUGAAUUGAAAUUCAAUAGAUUCCUGCUUGAAGACUCAUUGAAAGACUAUUAGAAAAGAUCAAUGUAAGCACAGUCUGUGUAUUUUAGGGUAUAUAUUUAGCAACAUUGUUUUCUUCCUGUUUGAGUGUAGAAAUAUGCAAACAUUAUGUUUCCUUCCUGUAAUGCCUAUAGUGUAGAUCUACAUGUAGCUGUGGAGAUAUUUGUGAAUAAGUUUCUGGUGGAAGCUCAUUCAGAGUUAAAGGGACAGUUCACCCAAAGAUGAAAAUUCUGUCUUCAUUUACUCACCCUCAAAUUGUUCCAAA